AUGGGGAAAGAUGUUUUACAAUCAAUAAUUAGAGAUAUCCAGGAUUCCAAAUUUUUUAGUAUUAUGGUUGAUGAAACACAGGACUUGGCUAAGCAUGAGCAAGUUGCCAUAUGUAUUCGAUAUGUUUCAAAACUAUUUAUUACCCAUGAAGUUUUCUUGGGCUUUUAUCGCACCGAUAAAACUGAUGGUGAAACGUUAGUAAAUCUUAUAAAACAGUUUUUACAAACAAAUAAUUUAAGUAUUCAGAACAUCAGAGGACAGUGUUACGAUGGUGCUGCAUCUAUGCGAGGUUCAUAUAGAGGUGUCCAAGCUAGAAUCCGAUCGGAAAAUAAAUUUGCUAUUUAUGUGCAUUGUUAUGCACAUAUUUUAAAUUUAUGUCUUGUAGACCUUUCGAAACAAUCAUCAUUUGUAAGAAAUACAUUUGGAACUCUACAAACUUUAUAUUCAUUUAUGGGUGCAUCAUCAAAGAGAAAUAGUGUUUUUGAAAAAAUAUUAACAACAANUUAA